AUGACACUUACACAAUUUAUGUGUAUGCCUCUUUUAUCAGUCCGAUUUCCUUCUACCACAUUUACUGCUGAUGUGGUUACUGGCCGGAGUAGCAUGACCCACUCUUAUUACGAGGGGAUCCCGUUAAUUGAAUCCUCUCCCCAGUUUAAAUCUGAUUAUAGUGGAAGUGAUAGAGAAUUAAUCCAGCGAGGUAGUUGUCGUGUUCUACGACGAUUAAUCACAGAUGCGCCCUUGAUCUCGGAGCAAGACUCGAAUCAAUGCAUAAGGAAGCCAGAUUUCUUGUUUGGUGAUUCGGUGAAAGAUCCGAAGAUUGCUUUCUGCCAGCCUGCGCAAUGGUUGCACCAGAAUGGGUCCUCAUUCUUAUAUCUGCCUUUUAUCCCUCGGGAUCAUUCACUGUUAAUGUUCAGGAACCUAUCAGUUGGACGAGAGAUGUUCUGGAAAUUAACCGAAAACCACGAGCACAUUCAUUGUGGUUUCAUUGGAAAGGAAGCAACUCCAGGUUCCAGUGAAAGAGCUCAUGUGAGAGGACUUCAUCCGGGUGUCUUAGGACAAGACAAUAUUCCUCAGAACGAAAAGAUAGUGCAAGCCAACACUGUGAAGAACCGGUUAGCGGCAGCAGGAAAAAGAUUGCCCAGAGAGACUUUCAGGUGUUAUGGAUGGGUCCAUUAUUCUGGGAACAAGUGGUGGUGGACCAGGAUGACCCAAUAUGUGUUGAAACGUUUUGGGCGAGAAUUAGCAGGAUUAGGGUUGGAUGUCCCGAUUCGUGCCACCAUGCAUGGCUUGCAGAGCAGUGUAAGUCAUUUCCUUUGUUUGUUCGAGAUCUACAACCCGGACACCAAUACAUUCUUUACCAAGAACGGGGAACUUGGACUACCACUGCAUGAAAUGAUGCAAGUGUCUGCUUUGCCUAUGGGCGAUGUCCCAUAUCAAGAGUUCUUUCCGACCACCAAUCAGCUGAUUAAGAUGAAAGAUAGCUCGACUGCGACCUAUGACACUCUAUGGGAAUUGACCUGUCAUUAUCAUAUAGCCAUGGCCGAGAUGGAGCCCAAAGCCAGAAAGAAGUCUCCUCAAGUCAGUUUAAAACAAUUCGCUGAUUAUCUCUUCAAGAACCUGGAUGUCCGUUCGGCAGAUGUGUGCGGAUUGUCUCCCUUGAGUACGGAUGAAAUUAACCGUUUGUUAGAGAAAACCAACGCGCAUUCUUAUACUUCGCGCUCAGAAGAUGGAUUUUUGCACGGCACUAAGUUCCGCUCUUAUCUGUGGCAAGCUGGUGUUCCGAUUAGCCCUACUGCUCUGCUGGCAGGUUUUCUAGCCUUAUGGUUAAAGAGAUGUGUAGUUCCCCAUCAAUCCGCAGAUGCGAUGCCAAUGGAAGUGUUGUAUCCGGCCGUCCAGCUGGCUACAGGUCGCAAAUUAUCUUUGCUUCCCGCUAUGGUGGCCGAUAUUCAUAGUGGAUUGCGGCAACUAAUCUCCGCAUUUACCCAGGAGAAAAAGAAACCUUCCGCCAGCCUGUCCGUUCCGAAGCUGGAGCUGCCCUAUACUUACUUAAUGGCCUGGUUGGUACUUCAUCGACCAGAUUUAAUGGAGGCUCCUGAUACGGUAGAUCUCAGUGUCCCUCUGUUGCAAAAUCUCGAGAAUUGCAAAUGGAGCAAACAUCGAGAGCCGGACAUAACGAGGCAGUUUAAAAUUCACAAAUGUUGGGAAUUUUUUCCUUGCUUCCCUCAGUUCUCCGGUACUUACAACACUACCUUAGUGGAUGCUGAAGACCCAAGGCAGAAUCGUACCAUCUUGGAUGUCGGGUGCUUCAGAUGGUUGAUGAAUAUUCGACCUGGAUAUCUGUUGUUCAGGAUAAGGGAUGUUUGCCACAUCGAACCCUAUCUUCCAUGUCGAUUCGCCCGUCAGUUCGGGUAUGAUCAGAUAUACAUCGGCAACCCGAAUCGUCACCUCAGCUUUCGAGGUGGACUUAUCGACGGGGCGAGAGCUUGGUUUUGGAGCAUUGCCGGCUGCACCAAUGUUGAAUUUGAUCUCCCCUUAGAGACGCCGCCUCUACGGAUGACUUUCCUCUUUUGUAAAUGGCUGAUAGCCACCAAUAUUGUCACUCGACGUAGGAGGAUAUCAGACUCAGAGGAAGAAAUAGCUCCACGGCAAGCAGCAGAACUGCCUCGCGAAGCUGUGAUGUCGCCUCGAGGAAAAGAGGCUGCUGAAUCAUCAAGGAAAGGAAAGGAACCGGCUCGCUCAGUCGGUAGUGAAGAAGAAUUUGACUCUGAGGAGACGGAGACUUCCGAGGAGGCGGGUGAGACUAGCUCAAGUUCUGAUGAAAGAGCGGGUCUUUCUGAUUCUUUCUUUGAAAGAGGACUUGUGUGCCCAUCUGUUGCUCCUACUCAAUCACAAGCUACUUCGAGAAAACGGGGAGAGAGGGUCGUCAUGACCUAUCCUAAUCGGAUGACGGUAGACAUUCUCAGUGGGGACGAAGAGGAUGAAGAGGAUGAAGUGCCUCUUGCUCGUCGACAAAGAUCACGACCUUCCACUCAAGCUCAAACCCAAAUUCCUCCUCGAACUGAAUUACGCACCAAACGUCGUCACGAAGGUCCUGAAGCACAUCCACCGAAGAAACAAAAGAAAGCUGCUUCUAAACCGCGCGUUCAUCUUUCUGCCGUAGAAGAUAUCUCUGGUCGUAAUGUUUCUUCUGAUGAACUAGGUAAUUAUUUAUUUUUAUCUCUCUUACAUUUUUUUUUAAUGCUCGAACUCAUUUCAUUUCCAAUUUCUGUAGAGAGUCAAGAAGAGGGAGAAUAUCGAGUUGGAGCUGCUUCUCCUGGAGGUAUGGAGACUGAGGAGACCAGCUUCGUCCAGCAAAUGCAAGAUGUUCUGAAAGAAGGACCAGCUGACGUUCCACCCACUCCUGACGUUGAUCCAUCAGCUGCGGACACAGUCAAAUUAAAAGAAGCAGGUACCAGUAGUGGAGCUCUCGAAUCAGCCCCGACCAACGAAGAUGUCACAAUGCACGAAUCUGUUGGAGGAGAGACCACGCAUACAACAGAGGUCGAGGAAUUCAAUGAACAUCACCUCGAUUUCAAUCUCUCUGAAGGCGACCAUGAGUAUAUCUCCGACUUACUAUCGGGGAAAACUCCUGGUGCAGCCACGGAAUCCAACGUUGGAGUCGGUCCAACAGAAGCAGGUCCUUCUGAAAGACCAGUUGCUGGAACUGAUACUACUAUAAUCAUUGGUACGUCUGAUCGACUGGAGAGUAGUGAACUUGUGCCGUGGACAAGAACCGAAGUUGAUUUGCAAUCAUCAGUUCUUGAACCUCAACCUUCUACUCCUAUGGACCCCAUGAUGAUAGAAGUCACUGUCACUCCCCAGAUUAGUCCAGUUGCAACAAAAGCGAGACCAACUGAAGAAGUUGGUACAUCGGCCGAUGUUGUGACUAGAAUUGAAUCUCCUCUUAAAGAGUCUCUUAGUUUGGACCCGCCGUCCUCUGAGACUUUAGUUGAAAAAGUCCCUGAUGUAGCGGGUGCAUCAACAGCUACCAUUCCUGAACCAAUCUUGACUGUUCAGGAAUCCAGAUUAUCAUCCUUGAGCGAACCAAGUCAUGCUGAAGGUUCUUCCGUCGAAUUUGUUCCUUCAUCAUUAUCAACUCAAAUCCAAGCGUUAUUGGUUGAUGACGAUCCGGACAAGUCUGUUAUCUGCUCUAAUCUCCAAGGCUUCAUCUCCUUUUUGAACUCUAUGGUCGAUCGCAUUCUCUUCAAAAGAUCGUAUUUUGAGAAUUAUAAAAAAUCUUUUGAGCGUUUUAUAUCAGGGUUCAGAGAGGAAGGGUAUAACGACUUAGCCGAUUCAGUCACCGCUUAUUUGGUUGAUUUGAGGCAACAUAUUGAACUUCUGCAAACUCUUCGCACCAAAGGCGUACCUUUUUACAUCGCUUCUCAUAUGGAAUCCAGGCUGCAAGCGUGGCGUAAUUCUCAAGAAUCUGCCAACUCUGAACUCCAACAAUUAAGAGCCCAUAGUCACCAGCUUAGGGUGAAUAUUGGCAAAAGGACACAAGCCAAGGUCAACCUACGCCGAGAUAUAAAAUCGAGUCGAGCGGAAAUAGCUCGCUUAGAGGAGGAACUUGCAAUGGCCAAGGAUGCUCUUGAUGUCUUGGAGUCUGAGUUGACGCAGGAAAUUCAUGUUGAGGAAGACCUGUUACAGCAACUGAACUUUCAAGAUAAAAUAAUUGCUGAGAAGGAACAAGAGGUCGCCGCGCUUCAAAGUGUUGAUGAAGAAGCUUUCAAAAUUAAAUUGACGGCUGAGCUUGAACAGACUUAUGCGUUAGAGCUGUCAAAACUUGAAAAUCAAAUUAGUCAAUAUAAACUCUUGUAAUCGGAGAACAUUAUAUUUUUGUUUGUAGCUUUGUUUGAAAAUUCUUGGUCAAUAUAGUGAACCUUUUUGCUCAUUAUAUUGAAUCUUUUUGCUCAUUGAGGUUUUUUAUUAUGAUUACUCAU